GAGAAUGUCAUCCUGUGCAGCUAUGAACUGCACUAACAGGCAGUUUAAGGGAUGUGGAAGGACAUUUCAUUUGUUCCCUUUUGGCCGCCCUGCCUUGCUAAGCAAAUGGCUUGUAAACAUGAAGAGAGACAAGUGGUGUCCAUCGAAUGUUCAGAUCAUUUUACAGGAAACUGCUUUGACCACAGUGGUCAGACAACCCGGUUGGCAGAAGAUGCUGUACCAAUACUCUUUGGCUUUCCAGACCAUCUCAAAAACGACAGCGUCUCGGAGUCGCCGGCGACCGGUCACCUCGACGACGCGAGCCCGGUGCACCGCAUAAGCUCUGCUAAGCUCUGCACGCCGCACGAGACGUCCCACGCGGAGGUGUCUGGCUCCGAGAUCAUGAUCGGAGGGAAGAAGAGAGCUGGGAAGCCCGCUAGACCCGCGUGGAGUCAGCGAAAUGACGCGAAUUCGACGAGCACUGUCGUCGAAUUCCUCAAGACAGUGACGGCGCCGACGCGGACGAGUCUAGAGGUGUUCAAACCCUUGGCCGCCCGGAAACCACGCCGAUACGCUGAGAAGAGUUCUGCCCCAAAUGCGUCCGGCGUUGCCGCGAAGCAACGGCCGCAGCGGUGGAAGACCAGCAGUCAGAGCAGCAGCAGCUGCAGCAGCAGCAUCGUCAUGAUGAGUCAUCGUCAUGAUCGUCAUGAUCGCGAUCGUUGUGAUACAGGCAGGAGGUCGAGGAGAGAGGCGCAGAGCGUGGUGGAGGAGAUGGGGGAGAAGGUGGCGAGAACCGUGGUGGGUGAUGCAGCGAGGGCGGAGAAGGUGGAGGAGGAGCCAGGACAUCUGCCCUGGAACUCGGGAAGGAAGGAGGCGUCGGGCGUCGCCCCCAUCGGGGAAAUGCCUGAAGAGUGCCACGCGGCAGCGAAGCAGAGCUGGUAG